CCCUUACAGUUGGCCUUAAUCCUCCUGGCGUGCCUUGCUUUCUCCCUCCUCAACUUUGCUGUUCUUCUUCUUCUUCACGACUUGCGGUUCGUCCUUGUCCUUGUUUUCUGUGCCCAGGAGUCCUUUCACUCGGGUCUCGACCAACCCCACGUCCCCCACACGUCAUCUCGUGCUCGGGCGCACUGCGGGGUCUUUGGAGUAGCUUGCUCGCUGGCCGCGUCCAGCACCCACCACGACUACGGCAAGGAGAGGAGACGGCGCGGACAAGGGAGCUCUUGGGCGCUGCUAAGGACAACAAAGACACGUCCCCUGCAUCGACAUAUUGCACCAUUCCUGCAUCCCCACUGACCGCCUCGCCUGGACGUGUUUCCCCGCUGCGAAGGAUCGAGGACACUCCUUACACAUCGGGUGUCUCUGACUGUGUUACUGUCGUUGUUGGAGGUUGGCAGAUAUUGCGGUUGAGAAGAGAGAAGAGAGAAGAGAUAUACGACAUAUGGCCUCCGAACGGGCGAGGAGAGAGCCGGGCAGAGCGGAGACACCUGCACAAUCGCCUGCGAGGAACGUCGUGCAGAUGCAGGUGAAUCCGACGUCGGUUCAGCAGUUGAGGGCCGAGAAUUCCUGGAUUGAGAUCGCUUCCAGACAGUCCUCCUCGUCCCUUUCCUCCGCCGAUAACGAGAUCAUCACCACAGGCCUUCGCGUACAGCAUGACUCCAAUCUGCACCGUCGCCGCCGCUCGCGCACAAGCGGCCAGUUCGUCAUCGGCACCGGAUACAGGGCCACGAGUGCAGGAGGCGGUGGGAGCAGCCAGGAGGAAUAUGAAGAAAGCGAGAGCGAGUCGGAUCGCGUCAUGACCUCGUCGAACGAGGGCAUCGGUCCCUCCCCUCUGCAGUACGAGGUCCGCCGACCCUCGCGCGACAUGUACUCUGCCACUUCAUCCGAGACCACGUCCGAGCGGGAGGGAGACUUCGAGUACGAAGACGACGACGACGAAAACGCAACGGCCGUCAAUUACCCCCGCUCUUCCCAUCAACGCACCUUCGAGCCCCGACCAAACGCCUUCUCUCAUCCACCCACCUCCACCGACGAACCCCGUAUAGGAGCCAGCAGCUACCCACCCAAUCGCCGCCCGACCACCCGCUCCGCCCGCCACUCCUACCCCCAGCACUCACCCCCCUACGGAGGUCUCUCCCCGCACAGAUACCACGCCGAGCACGACGAAGCCCUGCGAGCCAGCUUAUCUACCUUGCUCUCCGCCGCAGCCGCGGUCCGCAGUCUACCCAAGCAAGGCAGACCCAAGAACAGCAACGACACUACCAGUAGUCCCAGCCCUUCGACACGCGUAGAUCCCACAUCCCUGCGCCUCGUGCCCGAGAGCGUCGUAAGAGGCGAAACGCCCUCACCGGCGCGGACCCGCACCACGACGACCACGACCACGACGACGUCAUCGCCAGACCCCCCGACCAAGCGCAAAGCCGCUCCCCAGUCCCCGACCCAUCAGCAACCGCCACUCCGCAGCUCCUCCAAAGACCGCCGCGCCACGAAGAAAGCCCGCACCACCGGUGCUGCCACCGCCCUUGGCAUCGACGACAUCAGUCCGACGCUCCUGACCUGGGUCGUCAGCGCGGGCGUCGUGGUGCUCGUCUCCGCACUGAGCUUUUCGGCGGGGUACGUAGUGGGCAAAGAGACGGGGCAUGCCGAGGUGAUGGGGGAGUUGGGGGGAGCGGCCAAGGAGGCGGGUAGGUGUGGCAGGGAGGCUGUUGGGGAGGUGGGUAGGGGGGCGACGGCGGGGUUGGGAUUGAGGAGGUUGAGGUGGGGAGGGCAGGGUGUGAGGGUUUGAAUUGCGGAGAGGACGAAGUUGAGUAGGCGGAGGGGAUAUUUUUGCGCAUGAUGGGAGGUGUUCAGGCGCGUAUAUAUCAGUGGGCGAGAUACCACUUGCUUUGGGCUUGGGAAAGAACGUUAUGAUGGAUUAUGAUCAUGCUCUGACGAAGCAUGGGAAUAUUAUGGACAGUGCUACUGAUAUGGAUACGAUGGAUGAUGGCAUUGGCAAGGUUGAUUUGAUUUGGUAAGGGAUUUUGUUCGGGGGCUUCGACUGGUCAGUCAGGCCCACCGACAGGUGUUAUGUGUUCCACUCGUUUUGCAAUUUCCGUUUUCCUUGCGGUUUGGGCGGAGGCGACGAUGGUAAUUCUGCACUUUUUGUUCUUGGGAGGGACCUGGGAGGUUAGUAGGCCUUGGAGGUUUGAUAUGGGUAUACAUCCCCUACUCUCUUCGAGUGAUUUGGGUUCAUGAAUGGAAAAGAAUUUCUAAACGUC